AAAUGCGUUGCACUGCCUGCAUAUGUCCUCUAAAGCCAUCCUAUCGCCGGCAGGUUCUCACUAGGAAAGGAUCGCUAAUCUUCAAGGCACCCUUUAAAAUUAUGGACAGUCCCGAGGCACCCUUUAAAAUUAUGGACAGUCUUGAGGCACCCUGUAAAAUUAUGGACAGUCUUGAGGCACCCUGUAAAAUUAUGGACAGUCUUGAGGCACCCUGUAAAAUUAUGGACAGUCUUGAGGCACCCUGUAAAAUUAUGGACAGUCCCGAGGCACCCUGUAAAAUUAUGGACAGUCCCGAGGCACCCUGUAAAAUUAUGGACAGUCUUGAGGCACCCUGUAAAAUUAUGGACAGUCUUGAGGCACCCUGUAAAAUUAUGGACAGUCCCGAGGCACCCUGUAAAAUUAUGGACAGUCUUGAGGCACCCUUUAAAAUUAUGGACAGUCUUGAGGCACCCUUUAAAAUUAUGGACAGUCCCGAGGCACCCUGUAAAAUCAUGGACAGUCCCGAGGCACCCUGUAAAAUCAUGGACAGUCUUGAGGCCCCCUGUAAAAUCAUGGACAGUCUUGAGGCCCCCUGUAAAAUCAUGGACAGUCUUGAGGCACCCUGUAAAAUCAUGGACAGUCUUGAGGCACCCUGUAAAAUUAUGGACAGU